AUGAAGACGACUGGUAUCCAACCGGCUAUUGGCGUGGGAAUCUCCGCCCUCUUUCUCGUGCUCGCCGUGGCGCUAGAACAGUGGCCUUGUGGCACCCUCCUGGACACCUGCCUGAAUUCGUUCAGCAAGGACGCCUACAAGAUCGUGGGGGGUCUCCUUGUCAGCUCAAUCGUGGUGAACCUCCUCGCCUUCGCAAUUGUCCUCUUGAACUGUCUACGCUCAACAGCCUGGACCGGACCACUUGAACUGGCGCUAAUCUGGCUUGGAGGCAUCCUUGCCAUAGCUGGGGUCGCAUAUUAUUACGCCAACGUGGAUAAAACAUACAGUCCUAUGCUGGCUGUAAUUGGAAUGUCCUUCGCGCUGGCCGUGGCGAUCAAUCUUUCUGUCGGUAUGGUAACUGUACAUCGCGGCUGA